AUGGAAGGACUCAAUGAGACCCUGCUUCAGUCUCUAUCUCGGUCGUUGACAGCUUCUGUGCGCCCCUAUGACAUCACUAAACCGGAGGUGUAUAUGGAUGACCACUCCGGCCUGCUUCAGGCCGUCGCUCGAAAGAAUACCUCGAAAGUUGGGGAACUACUUAGGUUUGCCAAGGCUUAUGACAGCAACGGAUUUACUGCCUUGAUGUAUGCCGCCCUUGAUGGGUAUGAGGACGGGGUGCGCAUGCUGAUGGGACUGGAGCACGGAAUGAGGGUGAGUGGCAGCUACUCUUACGGGGCAUACACGUUUGUCGAGCCCACUGCAACUAUGCUUGCGAGCAUGCACGGACACCGUGGAGUUGUUGAGCUAUUGAAGAGUCUAGAGGCCGGGCUGGCAGAGAGGGGGAUGGGGGUAACCGCUUUGGUGAUCUCCUCCAUAUUUAACAGAAGUGGGUGCGCAGAGGCUCUCCGUGAUGUCGAGGCAGGGUGUAUAGACGUGAAUGGGCGCACUGCGCUCAUGUGGGCAGCAUAUCGCGGGAACUCCAUGCUUGUGAGGCUUCUCCAUGACGCAGAAGCGGGUCUAGCAGAUACAAUAGGAAAGACCGCGCUGGUCUACGCUGCAGAAUAUGGAAACCUGGCGUGUGUCAAAGACCUUGCGGAUCUGGAAGGCAAGGCACACGGGUCCAGAGCCAUCGCCGAAUGCUGCAAGGGCUGGGGAGCUAGUUGCACUUUCAAGACAGCUAUAGUCCAAUUUUUAAGAACUUAUAGUGAGUAG